AUGGUGAGCUCGUCUUUAUCGGAUAAGAGAUACAUUUACAUACACGAAAGUGGAAGUGAGGCAAGUAGAGGAGUCAUUGACAUUCACCAUGUGAUCAUCAAAGGAAGCAGAGCAACUAGUUGUCUUAAGGGGCUAGCUUUCUUCCUUGUGGGUUUGGCUAUUAUCAUUUACUAUCUUCCUGGAAAGGACAAUCCAGGUAGGACUCUUUCUUGGAGCUGUCUAUUAAGUGGCUUCUUUGUUAUGAUACAAAGUCGGAAGUUCGUCAAGAAAGAAUCUGUUAUAAUCAUGCCAACCUUUGGGAUCCAACUUGAAACUCAAUAUUUAAGUGGAAAAACUGUUUCCAGGUUUAUCCCUAUUGGUAAGAUCUUGAAGCCUGUGCUUGUCGAAUGUGUCACCCCUGUUACAUGUUAUUGGAGUCUCUCCUUAUUUCUACGUGGCGAAGAACAGCUUACAUUGGUGUUUAAGGAACUGCGUCCUUCAAUGAAGAUGUUGGUUCCCAUUUGGAAGGCAUUGUGUGGUGUUAUUGGCACAGACCAAAGUGAAAUGAUUACUGAAGAACAUGUUGUAUCUGGUUAA